AUGCCGGAUGACCAUCUCGAGCUAGCGCCAUGGCGGCCGACGGGCAUCACUCCACUGAAUGCGCCCCGAGAUCGGCCCAGCCAGGAUCUGAGAUGGCGCCCCAAAAAGCCAGUGCCUGACGAACCGCCACAGGACAAGCUGGAGCGGGCUCGACAAGCUGUGGGCGAACAGUGCAUGAACGCUCGCGUGCCUGGCUACACUGGUUUCAUCCCCUCGGCUAAAGCAGAGGACAUCUACGGCCGAACACAAGCUGCAGUGGGUGCUGGUGCACGGAAUGAGCAGUGGCAGUUGGAAGAGAAGAAGGCCGCCCUGCAGGAAGCACUGGCAGCCUCGCAGAAACGGGUGAAGCCCUUUCCCGAGGAGCGCUUCUCCGAGCCGGCACCAGACCCGCAUCCCCUUGGAAAAAGCAAAGCCGACGUGGUGCGAUCGUAUUGGGUGCCGACGAUACCCGGCUACAGCGGCUUCAUGCCCAGCAAGCAUGCGGAGAACAUUCAUGGCGGCGGUAUCAUCCACACGUGCAAGAUGGCUGGCCGGGCCAUUGCCGAGCGCGCGCCGCCACCGGAGCACCUGCCGGCUGUGACGCAAGACGAUGACCUUCCGCGCGCACGAAUUCUGGAUCACGUCUACGCAGAGAAUCACGAGGGCAGGCAGCAGGCUUAG